UAAUUUAUUGUAUAUUUGUCGCAUUUAUGGCUUUUUUUUCGAAAAUAAGCGAUCCUCGAUUUGGAGGAACGUACAUGACGCUAUUAAAUACUGUUACAAAUUUGGGUAGUUCUUGGACAACCACAGCAUCUCUUAGUAUGGUCGAUUGGCUUACUUUUAAAAAUUGUUCGAAUGAUUUAAAAAACAAUUGUUCGACGGAAGAUCUCAUUAAGGCUUGUAAAACUUGUGGAGGUAGUUGUUCUAUUAAAAUUGAUGGUUUCUAUAUUGAAGUAAUGGUUUGUUUAGUUUUGGGAAUUAUAUGGUAUGUGUUUUAUAAUAAGAAACUACGAAAUUUGCAAACAAAAGGACACAACUACUGGUCGGUAACUACGGAAGAUUUUCAUUUAGACAAACUAAUUAUCUUAACAGAAGAUUUAAGAGUAUUGCAACAAAAUAUUGAGGAACUCUAAUUACAUAAUUUUUUA